GCAUGCUAUUCCAAAAAAAUAAAUAAGCGGGAGCAAAUAAGUAAGGCAUCUAACGCGUCCAACAGUCCAACUUCCUUUCCGAAUGGAAGUCUCCUAGUGGCAUUGAUAACGUUAUUCGUAAUUCAACCAAACGUUAAGAUGUCAGGAGGUUUAGAUGUAUUAUCCCUCAAAGAGGAUGAUGUUACUAAAAUGUUAGCAGCCUACACACACUUAGGUGCUGAGAAUGUUAACUUUCAAAUGGAACAGUAUGUGUACAAAAAGAAAAAUGAUGGUAUCAGUAUCAUCAAUUUAAGACAUACGUGGGAGAAGUUGCUGUUAGCAGCACGUGCAAUUGUGGCUAUAGAACAUCCUAGCGAAGUAUUCGUUAUCAGUUGUCGGCAGACUGGCCAAAGAGCUGUUCUGAAAUUUGCCCAGCACACUGGUGCUACACCAAUUGCUGGCCGCUUUACUCCUGGUGCAUUUACUAAUCAGAUUCAGUCAGCUUUCCGUGAACCACGGUUACUGAUCGUUACCGACCCAUCCACCGAUCACCAACCAAUUACUGAGGCCAGUUACGUCAAUAUUCCGGUAAUUGCUUUUUGCAAUACUGACUCGCCUCUCCGUUUCGUCGACAUCGCAAUUCCCUGCAACACGAAGAGUCUUCACUGCGUUGGUCUCAUGUGGUGGUUACUCGCAAGAGAAGUAUUAAGGCUGAGGGGAUCCAUCGCACGCGAAAGCAAAUGGGAUGUUGUCGUCGACUUAUUCUUCUACCGAGAUCCAGAGGAGGCUGAGAAAGAAGAACAAGCCGCGAAGGAAAUCGCACCGGCCAAAGACUUCGCCGCAGUCGAGGUGACAGCUACUGCCGAGCCUGGCUGGGUCAAUGAAGUUGACACUGGUGCGGUGGCUCCUGAAAAUUGGGCCGAUGAUGUAGCGACACCAGCUGCAGCUGCUAUUCCGGCAGCAGGUGCUGCACCCGCGUUCCAAACCAGUGGAGAUUGGGCUGCUCAGACGUCCGAGGAAUGGACCACCGCGGCACCAACUGCACCUGGACAACAAAGCUGGGGUGGAGCUACUUCAGAGAAAUGGUAAUUUCGUUCUCUUUGACGAUUUCAUAUUAAUGACACACUUUGUACAAUGAACGUAAUAAAGUUGUGAGAAUGUCAAAGUAU